AGGUUUUCAGGUUUGCCAUUCUUUGGGAGGAGGAACUGGUUCUGGAAUGGGAACCCUUCUGAUCUCCAAAAUCAGAGAGGAAUACCCAGAUCGAAUGAUGCUCACUUUCUCCGUCUUCCCAUCUCCAAAGGUCUCUGAUACCGUCGUUGAGCCGUACAAUGCAACUUUAUCAGUCCAUCAACUGGUUGAAAACGCAGACGAGUGCAUGGUUCUUGAUAAUGAAGCCCUCUAUGACAUUUGCUUCCGAACCCUUAAGCUCACAACCCCAAGCUUUGGUGAUUUGAACCAUUUGAUAUCUGCCACAAUGUCCGGGGUCACAUGCUGUUUACGAUUCCCUGGACAGCUAAACUCUGACCUCAGAAAACUUGCUGUUAACCUCAUCCCCUUCCCUAGGCUACACUUCUUCAUGGUGGGUUUUGCGCCUUUAACAUCCCGCGGUUCCCAGCAGUACAGAUCUCUGACUGUGCCGGAACUUACCCAGCAAAUGUGGGAUGCCAAAAACAUGAUGUGUGCUGCUGAUCCGCGUCAUGGACGGUACUUGACAGCCUCAGCCGUGUUUCGUGGCAAGAUGAGCACGAAAGAAGUUGACGAGCAAAUGAUCAAUGUACAGAACAAGAACUCCUCCUACUUUGUCGAAUGGAUUCCAAACAACAUGAAAUCUACUGUUUGUGAUAUUCCACCAACUGGGUUGAAAAUGGCAUCCACUUUCAUUGGUAAUUCGACGUCUAUUCAGGAGAUGUUUAGGCGUGUGAGUGAACAGUUUACAGCAAUGUUCAGGAGAAAGGCUUUCUUGCAUUGGUACACGGGUGAGGGAAUGGAUGAGAUGGAGUUCACUGAGGCAGAGAGCAACAUGAAUGACUUGGUUUCAGAGUAUCAACAGUACCAGGAUGCUACUGCUGAUGAGGAAUAUGAGGAUGAGGAGGAAGAAAUUCAGGAUUAUGAUGAAUAAACAAUGUUGAAUGUAUGUGGUCUUGUGUGAUCAUUGCUGAACUGGGGGUGGUUUUGGGUGAUCAAUGUAGCAUGCCGCAACUUUUGGUUGUCUGUCUCUGGCAGGUGAAUGUGGGUACUCCUAAUAGCUUAAGGCAUAUUACUGCUGUCGUCAUUCGUUUUCUGAAAUACAUUUGUCUGAAGUUUAAUUUCAAAUUUCUUUA